GGUACAUCAUCGUCCCAAAUCUCAUUCCUUCAGAGAUGUUCGAGGCCCUCAAAGAGGCAUGCGAGCAUGCUAUAGCUAAGACCAGAACUGGAUCAUGGCCCCACCGGCGCACCGUCGGAAGACAGUUCCCUCCUUUCGACGAUAGCAAUCCAGAUUUGUGGGGCGUUCAACACCUCAUGCAUCCUGACCUCGAGGAGCCCCCAUUUGCAGAGUGGUACACCUCGGAUGCGCUCAUUAAUGUUGCGAAGGAGUUGUUGCAAUGCAACGAAGAUGAACUACAAAUGGAGCUUUUACACCUGCUAAUCAACCCAUUAGAACACGAUUUUGCCCUUCGAUGGCAUCGUGAUGAUGUACGAGAAAAUGCGACCGCUGAGGAAGAAGUUAUUGCUCUUGGACUCUGGACGCAUGGAGUUCAAUGGAAUACGCGAAUAUCCUCCAACGUCGACUUGUUGAUGAUUUAUCUGAAUCAUGAACAGCGCUUUGUACGAGGACUCGUGUCUCUACCUCGUCCCGAAGACCCAUAA